GUGACGAGGGCUCCGGCCAGUCCUUGGUCGACCUCCCGCAAACGCGUCCGGCCCUGCCGGCGCACACAGGUGCCUCAGCGCAGCGCCGGAUGAUCGCCGACCGGGCACCUACGGAGGCGGCUGCCGCCGCAGCUCCUGGCCCGAUGUCCAAUGCCACGGGCAAAGAAGGAAAGCCGAAGUUGAGGAAGCCUCGCUUCAUCGAGGUGAAUCGUCUCAAUCCGGACUCCCGAGGUGUCAAUGUCUUUGCCAAGGUAGUCCAGGUGUCCCCGGUGGCUUCAGAUCUUGCAGAAGUAGUCCUCGGAGAUGCAUCUGCUCGGGUCACUUUUCGAGCCCGAGGGGAUCAGGUCCAGCUCUGUCAGCCGGGAAGCAUUCUCCGAAUUCAGAACGCCUUGGUUGUCAUGGUCAAAGGAUACAUCCGCCUAGAGGUCAACAAGUGGGGCGUGGCAAAGCCUGCGCCGGACCACGCCGAUUUCGAAGUGGCCGCACUUGACAUCAGCGCCGUCGAGUAUGAGCUGGCUCAGGCGUAG